AUGGAAGAGUUAAAUUACGGAAGAACUGGGAACGUCGGUGGUUACUACGACGAGCACGUACGAUUCGCAUCGGUUAAGCAACGACCAUAUCCGUCCCGACGAAUUUCGGCCAAAGAACUAGAAGAACGAAUGGGGCGGCAAGGGCUGUCGCAGUUUCAGCCGGUUGUUAUACAGGAGGAUGUAAUACAGAACGGGAGCGGUUUGAAGUUUAAUUCGGUGAACGAUUUGAAGCGACGUCAAAAACAAAGAAAUGGCUUGCCACGAACGAUUCCACCACCAGAUCUAGGAUACGACCAUCACUAUGCGGCUCCUUUGAAGAGCUUCACAUCUUCGCCGGGUAUGGCAAAUUUUGGAUUUUGA